GACGAAUGUCUGUCUUUCUCCCCUCAGGAUAGAGCAAAUAUGAACAGCUCGUGUGAGCUCGAUGAGAGCGAUUACGAGGGGGAGGAGGAGGAGGAGGCUGCAGAGGAAGAUCAAGGUGAAGACUCGGUGGACAUUGACGUGGCGGUCUCGCUUUUCGAUGACUACUCCUCCCCGUCGGUUCAUACCGUAUGGGCUCACAUGAGAGAGAUCCAUGGCUUUGACAUGCAGCGUUUCAGGGCGAUGUUUGCGCCCUUCACCGACUACCACCGCCUCUCUCUAGUGAACUACCUCCGCCAUGCCCAGAAGGACGGCCGUGACGUGAAGCAAGUGGCGAGCGCCAUAACCAAGGUACUCAAUCGUGGAAUAUAUAUAUGAGUAAGGAUAUGAGAUGUGCUCAUGUGCGUCUGUCUGUGUGACUGUCUUGUGUCCCAGGACUCCCCCUUCUGGAUGGACGACAAGUACCUGCAGCCCGUGAUGGCCGACGACCGCCUUCUGUGGGACACUGACGGAGAUGAAGAGUGGGAAGACGCUGGUGCAUAUGAGGGCGCCUCUGCCGCCCAGCUGGGCGGCCCCAGCGAGUCAGAGGAGAGGAUUGCUGCGCUCACCGAGCAGUUGAUGCGCGCGAGAGCCGUCAUUGCGCGACUGACGAGCGAGCAGGAUGAAGGGGAAGAUGGUAACACCCAGAGGGGGAGGGGGCCUUUUCGUGCGCCCGAGGAUUCGGCGUAUUUUGACAGCUACAGCUACGACGCUAUACACAGAGGUACGUGCGAAGAAUGGCACACCAAUGUGAUGAUGCCACACAUACGGCUCAGAGAUGAUCAUGGAUGAGGUGCGCACGGGGGCCUACCAAGAUUUCAUCAUGCACAACAAAGGUACGGACGGGAGGCGGUGAACUGGGAUAGAAGCCACACACCCAGUAAACCAGCCAGCCAGCAUGUAUGUGUUUGUCUUUGACGCUACAGAGAUGUUUGAGGGCAAGAUCGUCUUAGAUGUGGGCUGCGGCAGUGGAAUCCUCAGCCUCUUUGCAGCACGUGCAGGCGCGAAACUGGUCAGGCACGCGCACACAUCCGCCCCUCAUGUGUCACCUCCAUUCUGUCUGUCUGUCUGUGGUUCAGGUGGUUGGUGUGGAUGCAUCGACGUCUAUCGUUCACAAGGCCCGGCGAAUCGUCAAGGACAAUGGUAUGGCUGAUCGCAUCAAAAUCAUCGCCGCAAAAGUAUGUGGGCGAAGGAGCAAGGCAGAGAGGGUCUCGCCAUGACCAUACAAAAUAUUUUCUUCAGGUAGAAGAGAUCGAGUUGUCGCUCGCCGGUGGCACGCUGAUUGCGGUAGGCCUUGUUGGUUGGUGGCUAGACUGCCCACCUGUCUGUCUCCACAAAUCCUGCGCGCGUAUGUGCAGAGGUCUGUUGACGGGACGCUGCUGUCCACCGAGGCGCCAGGAGACCCACAGCAGACCGCUGCUGAUGUGCCGCCCGGGUGCCCAGAGGAUCCGUUCAGGUGCGACCUCAUCGUCAGUGAGUGGUUUGGAUACGCGCUUUUCUACGAGUCGAUGGUCUACAGUGUGCUCCAUGCAAGAGAGAAGUAGGCAAGCCCACAAGAGACAGAGGCAAGCAACUGCCUCUCCGUUUUGUGCCAUGUAGAUGGUUGGUAAGCGGCGGUCUGAUUGUGCCCAAUCGGGUUGAAGUCAAGGUGGGCAAUCGGUAGGAAAUGCCUCUGGUGGGUACUGGGUGUCUCUGGCGUUCAUGCGUUGUUUCAGGUGUAUGCGGCCGACUUUGACGCGCGUCUUGGGGAGGAGGUGGACCGGUGGGAGCAGCCCGUGUUUGGCCUCGAUCUGUCGACCCUCUCGCCCGCCACCGACCCGAGCUACGUGGCCACUCCUCUGGUCGAGUGCGUCUCGCCCGACCAGCUGGUGUCGCCCCCAUACCAACUCAAGACCAUCGACCUACUCACCAUCACACGAACAGAGCUCGAGCACUUCCGAGAGCCCUUCUUCAUCCAAUGCAAUCGAGGCGACAGCGUCACACCAGAGCAGCACUCGCCCUACGGCCGGACCAUCACCAGCAUUGUGCUCUUCUUCGACGUUUUCUUCGACCCGUCAUCUGAGGUCUACGGCCACACCAGCCAGCGGGAGAGGCCAACGGGCGCGGAGGGGAGCGGACGGUGCAUGUGGUUCUCGACAGGGCCAAAAUCUCCACCCACGCACUGGAAGCAGACCAUUCUACACCUCAGGGUGAGCAGGGCUCAGCCUUCACUUUCUGUCUCCCCUGCUACGUAUGCAUGCUACGGUGUGGGCGCGCUUUCAGGGAAAGGACGGCCGUCGUCUGCGUAUUUCGCUGCCUUGUGGGUCCUCUCAGCAGCAGAGAGUGGGGAGCGGCAACACCCGCACGGAUGGUGAGGGCGAAGGCGAUGGCUCGCCAGUGCCGGUGGUAUCGAGCAGCCCCGACGGCAAAGUGACGCUGCGUGGCCACCUGCAGGUGACGCCCCACCACGACAAUUUCCGCCACAUCAGUGUCGCUGUGGAGCUGCGGGGCGUCGUGUCGGAGAGCCACGGGCUGUCGCCGCUGCUCGUCAACACAUAUGAUAUGCGGUAGGGGAAUGUGUGACAUGCCCCUUCUUCCUUUUUCCUGAGUCGAGAAUUUUGGACCGGGCUAAGUAGCGAUGAUGUUAUCAAAGUGGUGCAGUGUGCCUUGUGAGUGAGGUGGCGGUUUUGAUCGCACCCCAACCUCAGCCUCACGGCUUGGUGACAGGGGGGCUUGUGAGAGGGAGGGUGGGUGCAUCAUCGAUGGGAAGAAUUGCUCGUAUGGCCGUCCGUCCGUCUGUGUGCGUGCUCGUUUCAUCAUCUGUCAGUGAGAGAAAGAAAGGAGAGGGCAGGUAUGGCAAUCGGCGAUGUGGUUUGUGGCGUGUCUUGUGUGGCUGUGGCCAUUUUGUCACCUGAGUGCGUGCGUGCAUGCGCCUGUGUUUUUCGACUGAGUCGGUCACACUCAGUCUAUGUCACAGAACAAUGCUGAGGCACUGGAAGUAUAUGUCAUCAUACCGGGUAUGUCUUGUGUCCGCCCUGGCCCUUCAUCCAUAAGACACGGACUAACA